CUUUUCCCAAUUCUGACGGAGAAGUUUUUUGUUGUUGUUGUUGCUGCUGCUGAACCUGCUGAACCUGGCGCGUGCUCACCUUCCAUCACAGCUCGUCGUGCCUUUAUCCCAGUGAUCAUUUGCAGUGUGUCAUUUCGUUCUCGUCAGCUGGGGCACACUACUGUACAAGUCUGUUUAAUUCCACAUAGAGAAUUUGACGAGACACCUCGCGUGCCACAAUGGAAACGCAGCAACGACGCCGUUCCUCAAGGACGCCUCGGAGGAGGACGUCGAUUCAAGAAGAUGCUGCGAUGCUAGCAGGAUUGGGAGUGACGCAGGAACUGCAGCGGAAUUUCUCCUUGUUCUCCAUGCUGGGUCUGGCCUUUGCGAUUCUCAAUUCCUGGACCGCCCUCGGAGCCAGUAUGUCUUUGGCCCUGCCGAGUGGAGGUCCGACUGCAGUCAUAUGGGGCCUGUUGGUCGCUGGCAUCUGCAACUUGUGUCUGGCGGCAUCACUCGCCGAGUUUCUAUCUGCGUAUCCGACGGCGGGUGGCCAGUACCACUGGGUGGCCGUCAUCAGCUGGAAGAAAUGGGUGCCAAUACUCUCCUGGAUCACCGGCUGGAUCAACACCGCCGGCUGGGUCGCUUUGACCGCAACAGCAGGGCUAUUGGGAAGUCAACUCAUCUUGGGGGUCAUCUCCCUCACAACACCUUCCUAUGAACCGCACCGCUGGCAUCAAUUUUUGAUCUAUAUCGGUUACAACAUCUUUGCAUUCCUGGUCAAUGCUUUCCUGACCAGGUUGCUCCCGUGGGUCACCAAAACGGCAUUGGUCUGGUCAAUCACCGGCUGGGUGGUCAUUUCCAUUACUGUCCUUGCUUGCGCCUCCCCCAACUAUCAGUCGGGCGAUGUGGUGUAUCGGACUUUCAUCAACGAGACCGGCUGGCCCGAUGGACUCGCAUGGCUUUUGGGCCUGUUGCAAGGUGGUCUGGGUUUGACUGGCUUCGAUGCCGUCAGCCACUGUAUCGAAGAGUUGAACAACCCAGUGGUUGAAGGGCCGCGCAUUAUGAUUGCAUGUGUGCUGAUCGGUGUCGUCACUGGAUUCGUCUACCUCAGCGUUCUCCUUUUCGUCUCCAAGGACCUCGAUGCUGUGAUUUCCUCCACAGCUGGUCCCAUGUUGCAGAUCUUUUACGAUGCCACGGGCAACAAAGCGGGCUCUAUUUGUCUGUUAAUGUUCCCCUUGGUCUGUUUGUUGUUCGCUGGCGUCAGUAUCAUGACAACAAGCAGCCGAAUGGUGUAUGCAUUUGCUCGAGACCGUGGACUACCAGCUUCCAGAUUCUUUGCCAAAGUCGACAAGCGGCUCGACGUGCCCAUGAAUGCUCUUUGGUUAACUCUCAUUCUGGUGACCAUCUUUGGCUGCAUUUUCCUGGGCUCCAGCAGUGCAUUCAACGCUAUCAUCUCGGCCUCUGUAGUGGCCCUUGGGAUCACCUAUGCCAUUCCACCAUCCAUAAAUUGUCUACGAGGCAGGAAAAUGCUACCGGAGUCGCGUCCUUUCGUCCUGCCCAACUGGUUGGGUUGGACGUGUAAUUUGAUUGGCAUUGCCUACGCCAUUUUGACGACAGUACUGUUCAUGUUCCCUCCAGACCUGCCCGUGACCGGCAGCAAUAUGAAUUACUGUGUGGUGGCAUUUGCGAUUGUCCUCAUCGUUUCCGUCAUCCAGUGGUUUGUUGACGGGCGAAAGAAUUAUACCGGACCGCAGAUUGACGUCGAUGCGCUCAAAAGUGGUGAGGUUGUUGGCAUGGCCCCCGAGGACAGUAACAGCGGCCUGAGACCUAGUGCAGACACUUUGAAGGGUGACAAAAUUGAUAGAGAUUUGCCUUAAACAGGAUGUGCUCCAGCCAAGGGGAAGACCAUGUCCAUCUCAGCAAGAUUCAAUACAUUUAUCAAUGGCUUGCCACGGACUGAAAGAGCAAUACUUGGGACCCCUCGGUUAGGUGCGAAUAAAAUCUGCGCAGAGGCUUGGUGCG